UGUAAACAAAGGCGGGAGCUACCAAUCUUGUUUUUAUGGUGGUUUUUAUUUUGCUAUGGAUAAUGUUUUCCUAUCAUUGGCUGGAAACCAUUCACUAAUGGAAAAUGGAGGAUUUCCAGUCAACUUGUCCUUACACGAAUUUCGCUUUGUUCCUCCCUCUCUUCCUCCCUCUGCAUGUGAUUCAGUCAUGGUUCAAAAUCCACAUUUUGCUUCAUGGACCCAACUUUCUGCUCAAACCGCAGCAGCUGGUAAUGCAGCGGCUGCUGUAGCUGCCGCAGCAGUACAUCCAGGCGCAGCAGCUUCAUUUCAAUUCCCUAAUGCUGCUACAUCAUCACUGCAACAACAGCGGGUGUCUGACUCCUCCUCUUCCUCAACAUCGUCAUCAUCAGCCGCUGCUGCCAACUCCACGCAUGGUACUUCUGUUGUUAGUGUGGACAAUUCAGUUACAGUCACAAAUGCAAGUAAUGCUUUUCCCCUUGGUUUACAACCUUCAGUAUCUUUAACUUUACAACAUUCUUCUAUUCUUCCGACACAGUCACAACAACAACAGCAACACCAACAGCAACAACAAUUGCAUCAACAACAGUUACAACUGCAACAACAACAACAACAACAGCACCAGUUGCAGUUACAACAACAAAUCCAAUUGCAACAGCAACAAUUUAGACAACAGCAACAACAACAGCACUCACUACAGCAGCAACAACAGACUAGGCUUUCAACGCCACACUCUCAACAACAACAACAACAGCAACAGUUACAUCAACAUUUACAGCAGCGGCAACUCGCUCUUGCACAGCAACAACAACAGCAACAAGUGAAUCUUCAGACUGGCAACACAACUGCCAAUGCAAAUCAGCUGCUAUCACCCUCAUCAGUUGUCCCAAAUACUUCUGGUUUUAUGCAAAGUCCUCCAGCAAUAAACCUUCAAACAACACUUCCUAAUCAAUCUGGCAUAGGGACAUCAUCUGUACUCAAUACUAGUAAUUUUCCUUCAUUCACUACAACUAAUGCUCCAGUUAAACAAAAGCGGAAAUCUAAAGCUAUCAAAAAAUCACAUGUUGAUAAUGUAUCUAACACAAUGACUUCGAAUACAGGUGUUCUUCCGACAUGCAGUAGUAGUGGUGCUAGUCUGUCGAGUACAGUGUGUUCUACAAUGACGCCUUCGUUUAGUUUAAUUUCAAUGAAUGGUAAUGUAUCCACAGCAGCAGCAACAACAGCAACAGCGACAACAGCAAUAACACAGCCAACAACAUCGACAAGUCAAACAAAUUCUAUAUCCUCUAAUCCAGUUACUUCAGCCCUCAAUGAAUCGUGUACUUCACCUUUAUCCUCAGUCCUAUCUCCAUUACCAACGCUUCCAGAGGAAAUAUUGCUAAAAAUUGAUCCUUCCUUAGGUGAUCCGCCGCCUCCACCACAUGCAGAUAUCACCAUCAUAAAACCAUAUCAAUGUGAUCAAUGCUUUAAACGAUAUUCUGGUAUGAAAUCUUUGAAAAAUCAUAAACUUACACAUUCUGAUAUACGACCGCAUAAAUGUUCUAUAUGCGGCAAGGCAUUUCUUAGAGCGGAUAAAAUGCGCCUGCAUGAAAUCUCUCACUUAAAUUUAAAACCAUUUGAAUGUACUACAUGUAAGCAAAGAUUUACGCGGUCAGAUAAGCUGAAAAUUCAUCAUCGUACGCAUACAGGUGUACGUCCAUAUGCAUGUACAUUUUGUCCUAAACGAUUCACCAGGUCAGAUAAGCUUAAAAUACACGAACGUAUACAUACAAAAGUGAAACCAUAUGAAUGUUCACAUUGUGGUAAGUGUUUUGCCCGAUCUGAUAAACGUAGACUACAUGAAAAAACGCAUAUGUAUGGACCUCGACCUCGUGCUACAAAUACUGGCGGUGGUGGCGGUGGCGGUGGUGGUAAGAAAUCAAAGACUGCGGCGAAUGCUACAGCGAAUGCUGAAGCAGCGGCGGCUGCAGCUGCUGCAGCAGUUGUUGCCGCAGCCUCUGCAGCCUCCUUUUUAACAGUGAAUUCAAUCGGAAAGACUCUUGGUCUCCCGCUGACUGUUGCUGCUACACCAUCGGUUAGUGGGAAUAAUCCAUCGUCAGCCGGUGUAUUCGAUUUUACUUCGAUUACAAAUGUUUGUACAACAACCGGGCAAAAUAGUCUAUGCUUUCCAUCCUAUCAUAAUGUGAAUUCAUCUACAGGCAAUGAAAAGACCGCUGAUAAUCAACAACUUUCAGCUUCUUUGUCAACAAUUGCUUUCCCCCUGCCCACUUGUCAACAAUUGCAGAUACCAUCACAGCAUCAUUCAACUUUAGCCUCGUUGGCUGGUAUUGCUCAAUAUCAUCCAGCUUUAUUCUCUGCUCAUCCACGUCAAUUUUCACAGGCUGCAACAGCAGCGAAUUCUGUUUCUUUUUAUCCAACAAAUCAUCAAACUAAUUCGAUGAGUGGAUUUACUACAACUAAUUCAGCAGCAGCAGCAGCUGCAGCAUCCUACCCUUCACAUGCACAGGUGAUGCCAUUUUUAGUAAAUUCUACAAAUACAGCUGCAUCAUCACCUGCUAUCUCUUUCUCCUUGGGCGCAUCGAAUACAGUGUCUGAAAAUAAUAAUGCUAGUGCAUGUUCUGUGGCUAAUACUUCUUCUAAUGUCUAUCAAACUGCUUCAGCUCAGAAGAUGGGAAAUUCUGUGGUUUCAUUUCCAGUUAGUACGUCUAGUGGUGGUGGUGGUGCUGCUGGUGGUGGUGUAACACAAAGAUCAGAAGUAUCGUCAGGAGUUGAUUCUGUCUCUGCGAAUAGUCUAUCUACUUCAGUGUCGAAUACUAAUAUUGCUGCUGUGAUGGCUGCUGCAGCCUUAGGUCGACAGUUUCAUCAAAAUCAACAACAACAACAGCAGCAACAACAAUAUCCACAAGUUGUUGCCUAUCCUGGUUCACAACAAAUGUCUAAUGUUUCUGCCUUCAUUCAUCAACAACAACAACAACGUCAGCAACAGCAACAACAACCUCAGGACAGCCAACAGUCACAAGAAACUUCACAACAACAGCAGCCACAGUCAGCACAGUUUGUUCAUCAUCAGACACAACAGUCGAAACAACUUCAAUCACAACAGCAUCCUUCUCAACAACAACAACAACAACAGUCGAGACCUCAGUUCCAGUUUUAUCAGCCUCAAUUUGCGCAUCAAUUUCAGCAUCAAACUAAUCAGCUGCAACAAGAUCAUCAGCAUCAAAUGUUACAGCAUCAACAACAAGUUAUACAACUACACCAACAACUUCAACAGCAACACCAACAGCAGCAAGCUCAGCAGCAGCAACAACAAGCUCAACAACAACAGCAACAACAAGCCCAACAGCAGCAGCAACAACAACAACACCAACAGCUAAUGCAACAACAUUCUGCUGCUAUGCUUCAACAACAAGGUCUUAUUUCACCUGCACACUCUGGUGCAUCAGUAGCUGCAUUUAGUUUAUUCCCUCAAGCUGCUGCUCAAUUUAUCCCUGGUGUAGUACCGGCACAGUAUGCUGCUGCUGCCGCGGCAGCAGCUCAUUCAACGCAUCAACAGUAUAUGCAAGUUCAACAGCAACAACAACAACAGUAUUUGGCGGCGGCUGCUGUUGCAGCUGCUGCAUCCUCUGGACCAAUUCAUUCACUGACACUUGCAUCUCAGCAUCAGUCGAAUAGUACAACAGCAACGCCAACAACAUCAACGUCUACUUCUACAAGUAGUUCUGCGGUUGCUUGACAUCUUGUUGUCACAUAGAUCAGUCAGUUGUUGCUUUUUUUUAAAAAUUUUAUUUAUCUAUUUAUUUUGCGGGAGUUUCGAAUCUCGCUCCUGUAGCUACUGUACUCUUCGGCUUUAAUAAUUAACUGGCUAGUGAGGGUGUCGUUAGCCCUCCC